AUGGCGUCGCCGCAGGUCACGACGGCGCUGGCCGAGGCCGGCAACAAGGCCAGCCUCGCGGACUACCAGGCCAUCCUCAGCACUAUCCAGUCUUCCGCGACCGCCUCCUCAAGUAGCACCACCACCACCACCACCGCCGACCUCAUCGCUUUCGCCAACGCCGCCCUAUCCGGCACCCUCGGCGUCGUCAACACCCGCACGCUCCUGACCGACCUCCUAACCACCCUCCGCAACCUCCCGAACAACGACCCCGACCUAACCAUCGACGUCGGCCAGCACGUCAUCACCGCAAUCCCCGACUCCCCCCUCGCCACCUCCCUCACGGACCAAGCCGCCGCGCUCCGCGAGCAAGUCGCCACAGCCUACGAAGCCCAAGACGAGUUCCUCGCCGCCGCCAAGCUGCUCGCCGAGAUCCCGCUCGACAGUUCCCAGCGACGCGUACCCGACGCCGACAAGGCCGCCAUAUGGAUCCGCAUCGUGCGCAACUACCUCGAGGUCGACGACAGCACGUCAGCCGAGACCUACCUCAACAAGCUCAAGAACGUAAUGCACGACGUCGCCGACGCCGAACUCAACCUCCACUUCCGCCUCUCCGCCGCCCGCAUCCAGGACUCCAACCGCCAGUUCCUCCAGGCCGCCAAGAGCUACCACGACAUCUCCUUCUCCCCCGCCAUCGCCGAGGACGAGCGUCUGCACACCCUGGGCAUGGCCAUCAAGUGCGCUGUGCUAGCCCCCGCGGGCCCGAUGCGCAGUCGCGCGCUGGGUCAGUUGUACAAGGACGAGCGGGCGGCGGGAUUGGAGGAGCAUGGAAUCCUGGAGAAGAUGUUUUUUGACCGGUUGUUGAGCACGGGCGAGGUGGACAAGUUCGCGCAGGACCUGGCGCCGCACCAGUUGGCCAAGACGGCGGACGGGUCGACGGUGCUGGCCAAGGCGGUGGUGGAGCACAACCUGCUGAGCGCCAGUCGGCUGUAUGCUAACAUCGGUUUUGAUGAACUUGGAUUGCUGCUUGGAUUGGACGGGCAGAAGGCGGAGGACACGACGGCGCGGAUGAUUGAGCAAGGGCGGUUGGCUGGGUCGAUUGAUCAGAUUGAGCGGAUUAUUUUGUUUGUCGGCGGGGACGCGGCCGGGGAAAAGAAGGGUUGGGGGACGAGGGCGCAGGUGCCUGUUGCGAAGGAGAUGCGUAGGUGGGAUGGGAAUGUGCAGGCGCUGGCGGAGGACUUGGAGCAGUUGACGGAUGGGCUGCAGGCCGAGUUUCCUGAGUUUGUGGCUGCGCAUAUUGCGGUAUGA